CCCAGGAGUGUUCCGCUAGUGGCAUUGUAUUGUUUUCACAGCCAGUUUCGAUCUCUGGUUUCUACCCCUUGCCCUGCUGGCAGGGCAUUGAGCGGCACCCGUUGCCAGCCACCUGGGUGCGGAGAUCGAGGAGGGUGAAGGGAGGAGCACCCCUGAGCAUCUGCCAUCCAGCUCCAUCCGAUCUAGAGCAACAGCAGCAGGGAUUUCUCCUUCCCUCCCUGGUGCAGACACCCACAGUGCCCAGGUGUCAUUGCCUGAGGAGGAGGAGCAGCAGGAGGAGGAGGAAGAAGAGGAGGAGGAGGAGGAUUUGUCCCCCAUCUUGGUGAUCCAGCAGCACCUCCAGGGCAGAGCUGAGCUGGUGGCGGACAGGGCCAAACAGCUCCGCUUCCUCCAUGCUGUGCCGCAUCUCUGGUUCUCGGCACAGAAGCAGGGGCGGGACACCCUGGAGCCCCUGGUCUCCAAAGCGACCCUCGUGGAGAGCAUUGCGGAGCUGAUUGAAAAUCUCCCUGGUCCGUCAGAGCCAAGCUCCAUCAUGCCCAGCUCCAUGGCCGCAGUUUGCAGCCUCAGCAAACUGAAGCCACCGCUCGCCCUGGAGCUAGAAUCUCACCUCCUGCGGGCUCUUCUGAACAGGAUGUACACCCUGGGCACUGGGCAGGACACCACACACUUCCGGGCUCUGCACAAGAGCUAUUUACAGAGCCUGGACACCAUGCUCAGGGGCCUUCUGACAGAGACCCCCACCAUGGAGAAGCUGCAGCACCUCCUGGAGCAGCACGUCCAUCCCUCUCUCCUGUCAAACAACACCCAAGAGAGAGCCAGGGCCGUACAGACCAGCGCGGCCCUGCUCCAGUUUGCCACCUCCCUGCCUGGAUUUGACACCUCCUCUGCCUUCUCCAAGGCAGGCGAAUUUGUGCUGCAGCUGGGUCUCUGUGUAUCCCACCCAGCCAGUGACAUCAGUCGACAAGCCAGGGGUGGGAUAUAUUGGCUUUACUGGCUCCUGCUUCAGAAGAGGGGGCUCAACACCAGAGAGGCUCCAGACCUGUGGUGCCGGGACGGGCUCCAUGACCCCGAGCGCCUGGGGUAUAGAAAUCUGGCCAGGGUGGGAGAGGUCUUUGGUGAACUCUUCAUGGAGGAGCAGAAAAGAUCUUUCCUCGAGGCGGGGCUGCUGGCCAUCCACGACCCCCUACUCCGCGUCAGCCAGGCUGGCCUGGUGCUGACCUAUUCCAUCUUGGGGGAAGCCGGCCAGCUGCUAGAGGAUGAGCCUCGCUCCAGGCCCUCCACCCACCCACACCAGCACUGCCUCCUCCUCCUCCUGAUCUUCCCCAACCCCUCCGAUUUCGACUACACGGAUUCGACCUUUGCAUGGAUACGGACUUUGGCUUGUACUUCUGACCACCCGGCUUCGACCUGUGGCCUGGACAUGGACACUGGCUCCGGUUCUGCCUGGACAUACUCAACACCUGGCAGCAGUAGAAAGGCCCCACCAUUAAUCAAAGCCUAACCCCGCCCCAUGACUCCUUAGUCCCUCCCACCUGUCACCGGAAGUCCCGCCCCAUGGGGGUAUUUCUUCGUGGUCAAGGCGGCCACAUGACUGGAAGCCAGGUGUGUCAUGUGACCCCUCUAAGAACUUC